AUGGUUCGUCGUCGCGUCCAUGAUCCUGCUGAAGAUGUCUGGUCAAGUCCUAAUUGGCCUCCGCGAAUAGAAAAAAUGUUUGUUGGUUCAUUGGUAGAGGAAAUGAAAUAUCAUCUGGAUGUGAUGCCAAGUAAUUUUCAUGAUCAAGCAUGGGAAAAUGUUGUUAAGGACUUAAAUCAAUGCAGUGGUUGGAAUUUUAAUAAGGCAGAGCUGAAGAAACAUCUGUCUAUAUUGAGAAAACGUUAUCGAAUCGUGAAGCCACUUUACAACCACGGUGGAUUUGGUUGGAAUAACCGGAGAAAGAUGGUUGUCGUUGAUGAUAGCGUGUGGGCUGAGUACAUAAAGGUACAUCCUGAGAUAACACCAUAUAGAAAAUAUGGCUGUCCUAUAUACAAGGAGUUGUGUCAUAUUUUUACGAGACCAAAAGCAACCGGGGAAUUUGCUGUUUCUUCUAUGGAUCCUGGAAGCAACCCUAGUGAACGAAACAAACAUAAAUUGACAGAGCCACCAAAAUCCCGUUCCAGUAAGAGGAAUAGUGUUGGUCCUAACAAUCCAAAACGAUCAAGGAGCAGUGACAUGGAUCAGAAUCAGAAAGAUGAUCCAUAUUCGAUAGCUAACUGUGUUGUGGCUCUAAACGAUACGCCAGGAGUUGAUCGGAGGCUAUAUAAUGCUGCUAUGGACUUGUUUGAAAAUAAAAACUGGAGGGAAACAUUUGUGACAAUGAAAAUGGAUAAAAGAUUGAGUUGGUUGAAGGCCAUGAUUCCUAGAAAAACAUGA